GUUUCAUUCAUUACAUAAGAUGCUUCUUCGGUAUAGAAGUAGUCUCUUCUUCGCCAUUGGGGCUCUCUUUAUUCUUUGGACGUUGUUACGAAAUCACAGAAAGAUCGUAAGCCAUGUGGUUGAACAAUAUAAAGGUACAGUGACGACAGAACUUGUGAAAGCAGGUGGUUUUGAAGAGGUACCUACCAUUCAAGCUGUCGAUCCUCUGAUGAUUGAAGUCGCAAAAUCACAAGAAGAACUGUUCUCCGCUCCACAAAAAGCUCCACUUGGUCCGCCGACCCUCAUCGAACCUACAAUCGUGAGCAGCAGAGUUACCAUCCAUUUGUCCAUACAAAAUCCCGAGGCUACGACAGCAAAGACGUCCUCUUCAGAAACCUCAACUGCAGCGGUCACCGUUCAGGAUGAGUUCGUGAAAGAGAACGCGAUACUUGGACAGGAACCAAGUGCCGGUCAAAUAUAUGGGAACACACUGGAUGGAGUUUUGGGAGUGGGCUCGCAUACUGAAUCUCACUUAUCAGUUCUCAAAGAGAUUGAUAUCUGGAAAUCGUAUGGCAAAUCGAGACCACUUGAGUACAACCCAUAUCCCGACUACAAUAGUGAAGUUUGGAAGUCAAAGAAUAAAGGGUCCUAUGUGCCAUGCGAUGGAGCAGAUGGACCAAUCCAAAAUAUCUUGGUGUUCUCAGGACAUUCGAAAGUUUUUGAAGAACCGCAGAUGGGAUCAUUCUCGCUCUUUGAUAUCGACAGUAAUUUAUGCUUUGAGAGAGAAACUAGACUUGGUUUAUACGGUUUUGCGGAAGAUUUCGUGGACUCGGUUAGGACUGAUUCACUCGCUGCAAUGACUCGUCAUAAACGCGACGUACCUACAAAAAUACAAUGGGAUGAUAUCAAUUGGGGAUUGCUUCAAACUCAAUGUGUUGAAAAGAACACCAACCGAUACCUGGUUUCCGAAAUUUCCGAACCAAUUGAUGGAGAAAUCAUGGUUUCUGCUCCAAAUACAUCGUCGGCAUCGAAAGGCUCGAAGGCAAAAGAAACCAAAACCAAGAAGAGAGUACUUGGCACUAUCCUUAAUCGAAACCAGAGUGAUGAGAACGAGCUGAAAGAUCAUUUUGCUAAGGCACAGCUGGCAAAGGCAGUCAAAGCCGCAAUUGAUGUCAAUGGGCCCCUUAAAUCGCGUACAGCAAUUAUGCUCCGAUCAUACUCUGGAAAAAAGUGGAACGACAAUGACAAACAAAAUGUUCGUUCGCUUAUUACAGAGCUAGCUUUGAAAUCUGGAGGGGAGUACGAGAUUUUCUUGCUCGUACAUAUCAGAAAUAGUACUAUUGCCAUAGAGAACGAUGCAGACUACAUUGAAGCUCUUCAAAAGAAUGUUCCCAAAGAAUUUCAUGAUAUCGCGGUGCUUUGGAAUGAAGCUUACGUACAGGGAUUCUACCCACUCAUUCCGAAAAAGGUUACUAACGUACAUCAAUCUCAAUGGCUUCCCGUUCAGAUCUUUGCACUUGAUUAUCCACAAUUUGACUUUUAUUGGAAUUGGGAAAUGGACACUCGAUAUACUGGCAAUCAUUAUGAUCUUCUUGAGAGACUCACAAAGUUUGGAAUGGACCAACCAAGAAAAUAUCUAUGGGAACGCAAUGAACGAUAUUAUAUCCCAUCAAUACAUGGCUCCUACAAUACUGAGUUCCGCAAGACAGUUGAAAUUCUCUCGGGUAAAAAUACGAUAUGGGCUCCACCAAAGAUUGCAAAUGUCAUUCCUACCGGUCCGCCGCCGCCUGUUUCAGACCCGGCACAAGAUAAUUAUGAAUGGGGCGUGGGCGAAGUGGCAGACUACAUAUCUGUUGCACCAAUGUUCAAUCCCGAUGGCACUGGAUGGGUUGGAAAAAACGAUGUCUGGGGAUUUGACGGACGUAAUGAUACUCCUCGUCGCACAACUAUUAUUACCCAUUCAAUGUGUAGCAAGAAGUUACUGGAUGCUAUGCAUACCGAAAAUCUCAAAGGUAAUCAUGUCAGCAGCGAAAUGACACCUCAGACGGUCGCUCUACUCCACGGAUUCAAAGCAGUAUAUGCACCACUUCCAAUAUUCUUUGACAGAGCUUGGAAUGGGGCGAGUUUGAAUAAAUGGUUCAACCCUGGACCGAAGGGAGAAAGUGGUAAUUCGUCGGAUAGUCCAUAUGGUUGGGGCAAAGAGAAAAGAUUCCUGGGAAUGACAUGGUAUUAUAGAGCUGUUCCCCCAGGUAGAUUGUAUAAUAAUUGGAUGGGAUGGGAGGAUCAUGAAAUUGGUGGGGUUAAGUGGGAGAAAAUACACGGCAGGCCGUGUCUUCCUCCACUUCUACUUCAUCCUGUCAAAAAUACAGAGAAUACGAAAUCUGGUUAUGCUACAAAGUACGAUUUUCCUUGAUGAUUAAUGGGUAUAGAUAUGUAUUGGUUUUGGUCCGGAGGAAAAUUAGGAGCUGCGAGCAGACGCACACAAACGAGAAUUUGCCUGCUAUAAUUGCUAUCAAAAACGGAAAUCUUUGGGGGGUUGGACGAUGGGUAUAAAGCAAGUGCAGGGCACAUAAAAUGUGGGAUUAUUUGCUUGGCUGAAUUUGCUACAUGAGGAUAUAAUGAAUGGAUUUGCUAUCUUACGAGUGUUUGUUCG